AUGGACCAAAACAAAAACCAAAAGAAAAAGGGGCAAACAAAGUUGACAUCCUUUCUGAGGAAAAGGAAAGAUGACAGUCUAGAAUCGGCGUCAGAAACAGAUGAAUAUAUUACGCCAACAUUAGAACUUUCAAAGCCCGAGCAAUAUAACGAGAGAAAAAAACCCAAAACAGAGUCCAUGGAUCCAGUAAAUUUUAUACAGAAAGUUUUAGAUGAUGCUGAAAAAUCAAAGAUACUGUCAAGCAAAUGGAAUCCUUCUCCACACGAAAAAUAUUCAUUUCCUGUAACCAAUGGCAGACGAUACAAUUUAACUUGGGAAGAUAAAUUUAUUUGGUUAAGAUAUUCGCUAUCGAAAGAUGCAGCAUUUUGUGCCCCAUGCAUUGCUUUUGGUCAGCAAAAUCAAUCGGACAAACUUGUAACGUCUGGUCUCAGAGACUGGAAAAAUGCUACGGGUUCUAAAAGAGGUACUCUACAGAUUCAUGAGGAAUCAAGCGCUCACCAAAACGCCCUUGUUAAGGCAGUGAACCUUAUGAAAGUUUAUUCGGGGGAAGAAAAAAGCAUCAAAAGCAGUAUAUCUCAAAGUUAUGAAGAUACUGUUCUCAAAAACAGAGAAAUAUUGUCAAACAUUAUAAACGUAGUCAUCAUUGCUCUCGGUCAACGGAAUAUUCCGUUAAGAGGUCAUCGUUGGGACACUAUCACAAAACGGGAGGAUGGUAAUUUUGAUUUCUUUGUUCACUGGUUGGCUAAAGAAAAACCCGUUCUUAAAGCUCACCUUGAAAAUGCAGCUUACAAUGCAAAAUAUCUUAGUCCCGACAUUCAAAAUGAAAUAAUUGAGUUAGCUGGAGAAGAAGUACUAAACUCAAUAUUGUCCCGUACCAGGACUGACAAAUGGUUUUCUGUUAUGGCCGAUGAAUGUGCAGAUGUAGCCAAUAUUGAACAAAUGGAUAUAUGCAUCAGGUAUGUGGAUGAAAACAAUGAAGUAAACGAAGACUUCAUUGGAUAUGCUCCUCUAGAUUCAGUCGAUGCAGCAUCCCUAAGUAAUGCAAUUUUGCAAAAGCUUGAAGACUGUAAUUUAGAUACACAAUACCUUAGAGGGCAGGGUUAUGAUGGGGCAAGCGUUCUGUCUGGAUCAAAAUCUGGGGUCUGUUCUCGUCUACGGGAAGUCCAACCGCUUGCCGAGUACCACCACUGUCGAGCACAUGCACUGAAUUUAGUUAUAUCUUCUUCAUGCAAGAACAUACCUAUGGUCAGAAACCUCUUUGUUGAUGUUAAUCAGCUGACAUGGUUUCUUGGGGCCAGUCCAAAGAGAGUUUCGAUUAUGAAACGACAUUUGCCAAAUGCAAAACAAGUUGAUUAUUUAAUUGGAAAUAUCGAAAAUGAGGAAACCGAAAGUAAUAAAAACAUAGAAAAAUCGUUUUCUGUGAACAUCUUGCUUAAGCUUUGCGAAACUAGAUGGUCUGCUAGAGUUGAUACUCUUUCAGUUGUCAUUGGAAAGUAUGCAGCCAUAUUAUCGACGCUCGAAGAUGUCAGAAAUGAAAGCACUGUAUCCGAUGCUCGUACGAAAGCCACUGCAUUUAUAAAUAUGAUGGAGAGGAGUUCAUUUAUUGUUGCAAUUGUUGUUGCACACCACAUACUGAGUUAUAUGAAGCCUCUGACUUUGGCUCUCCAGAGUUCAAAAUGUGGUGUAUACAAGGCCUUUGUUGACGCACAGAAUUGCAAGCAAGUUAUUAAUGAUCAGCGUUGUGAGGAAGUUUUUCAGAGAUGUAUAUGGUCCAAAGCAUCAGCCAUUGCUGACAGUAUUGGUAUCGAGUUACAGAAACCAAGAACGGCGGGUCAUAUGCAACACAGAGCAAAUACUGUUCUUGCUGGCACUGCUGAAGAAUACUACAGAAUAAAUACUUACCUGCCAUUUCUUGAUCAUUGUGUGAAGGAACUCAACGACAGAUUUUCAGACGAGACACGUCCUUCAUUCCUAGCCUUCAAGCUUCUUCUAGGCCAGAUAGACAUACUAACCCAAGACGAAUUGGUAGAUAUUAUAGAAAGGUUCCAAGAUGAUUUACCGGACAGAGAUGUGUUUAAUCAAGAAUUCGAACGUUGGAAAGUGUUCUGUGGAAACUUGCCGAAUGAUGGUUUUGAAAGAAAUUCCUUAAGCAAUGCAAUCAUGUUAGCUGACUCGGACUUUUACCCAAAUUUGCAUGUCAUUUUCCGUAUUUUGCUCACCAUGCCAGUUGGAUCUGUGCCUUGCGAAAGAUCUUUUUCCGCAAUGAGACGUCUGAAACACUAG